AUGAAAGCAUCAAAAGGAACAUUUAAAUCGUGGGUUGAGAAGAAUGUGCCGAAGCUUCAACCAGACUACAACCCAAAUCAUGGCUAUGAGCCGUAUUGGCCUGGAGGUCACUGGCUUUAUUUGGACAAAGAACUUGGCCCAAAUGAGACCACAACCAAAACCCCCCUUGUUUGCGGAGAAGAAUGCAACUAUUUAUAUACACGGGUUGGCAAGGUAUGUGCUAGGACGGUGGAUAACAAAGAGUACCAGCAAUGUGUGUCGAUAUUCGGUCUUUGUCUUGGCUGGUGGAAAGAUGAAUUCUAUCGAGGAUUCCAUACAUUUGAAACUUACUGCAAAUUUUUAGAUGCACAAUGCAGGACUGAAUACAGCAAACGUUAG